AGACGUUUUCCAAAAUGAAAAAAAAAACAGCAUCAGAUCAGGUGACAUGGCAUCUCAUUAUCUCAACGCUGCUCACCUCGAGGUUUUAGCUGCUGCUGCGUGCUGCCCGUGUCAAGUCCGGAGCAAGAGCAACCAACCAACCACCUCCUCCCCUCUCCGUCUCCCAGUCCGGCCUCGCUCGCCACUCGGAGUCUCGGAGUCAACCGCCAGCGCCUCGAUCCGGCGAAGCCAGCCCAGCCCAUGGCCUCCGGCGCCGUACCACCGCAGCGGGUCGCCCUGCUGGCGCUCGCCGCCGCCCUCUCCGUCGUCUCAUUCCCGCACCUGUCCCUCCUCGCCUCGUCCCAUCCGCUCCCGCAGGAAGCUGCUGCUGCUGCUGCGGGUGCGGCGGCGGGAGGCGAGGCGUCCGAGCCUCACGGCACCGCCGCCGAUGGUGCCGCCGUGGCGCGGCGCGCGUGCACGUACACGGUGCAGAUCAAGACGAGCUGCGCGUCCCCGCGGAGCUCCGCGGACGCGGUGAGCCUCGCGUUCGGGGACGCGUACCGCAACGAGGUGUACGCGGCGACGGUGACGCCGCGGCGCGGGUUCGAGCGCUGCGCCACGGACACGUUCCGCGUCGCCGGGCCCUGCGGCUACGGCGUCUGCUACCUCUACCUGCGCCGGUCGGGCCGCGCGGCCGGGUGGACGCCCGAGUGGGUCAGGGUGUACGAGCCGGCGUCCGGCGCGCCCUCCACCUUCUACUACGGCGACCCGCUCCCCGACGGCGUCUGGUACGGCUUCGACCGCUGCGUCAAGGCCGGGGCCGGCGCCUCUGCCGAGCAUGGUGCCGCGGCGCGGACGCUGUGACGGACGGACGCGGACGCCGCCGGUCUCUGGGCGACAGGGCGAGGUAGCAGAGCGCCACUCGUGGCGCGCGGUCCUGCUGCCGUGUCAAGCGAUGAUUGCUGGGGCACGGCGUCUCUUUCUGUGCAAGUGGAGUAUUCAUUUCGGGUGGCUGCUAGUAGUAAUAGCUUCUCUAUUUGGUCUAUUUGCGUUACGUGUAGUACGUGCCACGCAUAAUAAAAAGUAGUACGUAUGUCUGAAAAAGAAAAUAUGAGUCCUCAAAGGAUUUUCUAUGCAACGCUAGCAAUAAAAACCGAUCCAAUCUGUGAGUUGUUUUUUUCU